AUGCAGGCUCCAAACGUCGCGGCCGUGGCAGACGCCACUCCUGCAAAUGAGAUUGCAGCAACUGUAGAUGCUGAUAACCAUGACGAAGGCAUUGACGCCGAUGGAGACGAAAGCUCGCAGGCAGAUACAGAGAGUAUCCGAACUACGUCUACGACAUCCGUGAGCGAAAGCAUCACUGACUAUCGUCGCAUCCAUGGCCGGACUUUCUCCCAAAAGACGGACUACUGGGGUCCCAACGACGAGAAGCAGAAUGAAGCGCUGGACCUUGCGGCAAAUGCAAGAAUUGAAAUCAUCAUAACUGACGACGACAAUGACUUUACUAAAAGUCACAAUUGGGAGCUGCAAUUCUUCGACGACAAACUGUUCUUGGCACCUCUUGGUGACAGUCCCCAAAAAGUGCUUGAUCUUGGAACUGGAACUGGUAUCUGGGCUAUUGAUUUUGCCGACGAAUUUCCGUCUGCACAAGUUACUGGUGUCGAUAUCUCGCCCAUUCAGCCCGGCUGGGUCCCUCCGAACUGCAAGUUCCAAGUCGACGACAUCGAGCAGCCGUGGACUUGGUCUGAGGACUUCGAUUUCAUCCAUGUUAGCCAUCUUGAGGCUAGUAUCGCGGAUUGGCCGGCCUUGUAUAAACAAGCUUUCAACCAUCUGAUUCCCGGAGGCUAUAUCGAAAUCAAAGAAUUCGAUAUUACAACUCGGUCGCAACUCUACGGUGACGAUAUCCCUAAAGACCAUGUUUUUAGCCGAUGGGCACCGAUCUUCUUUGAAGCAGCUGAUAAACUCGGCAAGACGCUGACCCAGACCCAUAACCGCGGCAUUGCCAGAGCUCUCGAAGCAGAGGGAUAUGUCGAUAUCGUGGAGAAGAGAUACUCCAUCCCCAUUGGUUCUUGGCCUAAGGAUCCAAAACUGAAGGAGGUUGGCGAGUACAAUUUGAUGUACAACGAUGAGUCUCUUGAGGGAUUCGCACUAUUCCUGCUCAAGGAAAUCAUGGGGUGGGAGUAUGCCGAGAUCAUCGUCUUUGUUGCGGAGAUGCGUAAGGCCCUCAAAGACCCAAAGCUUCAAGCGUACAUUUACCUCCAUGUUGUUUACGCACGCAAACCCGAGGAGCAGGAGGGAACUCAGGCUGAAAGUUGA